AUGGCUAACGGUGUUCAAGAAUAUUUGGAUUUUGUACUGCCUCUAGUCAAAGAUGCGGGAAAAGAACUAGUAAGUGCCAAAGAUUAUGAAGUUGAAUUUAAAGGAGAGGAUUUUGAUGUAGUUACAAUAUACGACAGAAAAAUUGAAGAUAUUUUAAUAAAGAAACUUAAAGAAAGAUGGCCUGAUCACAAAUUUAUAGGAGAAGAAGAGUCUUAUAUAAAUGGUGUGUCCGAAUUAACAAACAGUCCUACUUGGAUAAUCGAUCCUAUAGAUGGAACCGCAAAUUUUGUAAGAGGUUUGAAAGAUUCAUGUAUAUCUAUAGGUUUGGUGAUAAAUAAAGAACAAACGUUGGGUGUCGUUUAUAAUCCAUUUAUGAACGAAUUGUAUACCGCCAUUCAAGGACAAGGAGCUUUUCUAAAUGGAAAUCGAAUAGUCACCAACGGAGCAACAGAUAUCAAAAAAUCAGUUCUUAACUAUGAAAUCUCGCUAGCGGUCAGUUCCAAAUAUUACGAGUUGUAUAUGUACAGGUUAAAACAUUUACUUAAACAUAUAGGAGGGAUACGUUCUAUGGGAUCAGCAGUAAUGGGUCUGUGUUACGUUGCAUCAGGAAGAAUGGAAGCUUAUCAGUGCGAUGGUUUAUAUCCAUGGGAUGCAGCUGCUGGAGUUCUUAUCGUUAGAGAAGCAGGGGGCUAUGUCUGUGAUUCAAGAGGAGGCGAGUUCAAUUUGAUGGAUCCAAACUUUUUAGCGACAGCUACAAAGAACCUCUCUGAGAAAUUUAUGGAAAUAGAAAGGAAAGCUGAUGAAGAACGGGAAAAUAACCGAAUUAAAGAGAGAAAAUUUCAAAUUUAA